AUGGAGAAUAGUCAAUCUCUUGCUUCUGCCUCACAAGGUGAAUCUUCUCAAGAGCCAUCGCAGCAAAGUCAUAAUAAGCAGCGCCGCCGCCAUCGAACUCGAAAGCCCAAAAAUCCUGAACAGAUGAACAAUAUUUCUAACGACGAAACUAGAUCAUUGCCAGAAAGUUCACGUAACAAUCAAACUCGAGUAACCCAGCGAUUUAAUAGAGCCGAUCCUUCUCGUGUUGUUCAGAAACCACAAAGAAAAAACCCUAAAAAUCAUAGCCCACGUUCCAAUGAAUUAGAGCAACUGAAAAAAGGAUUUCCUAAUAUAAUUGAAGAUGAACUAGACUCCUCAAAAUUUUCGAUGGUUUUGCGACCAUCCGACCCUGAUUUUCCCUUUGAUAUUAGUAACCUUGAAUUCGACUUAUUUGUUCCGAUCAGCUAUCCAAGAGAUCCUCCUCUCAUCACAGUCACAAAUUCCGACAUUCCUAAAGGAUUUUCUGUGAACGUUGAUCUUGGAUUUCGAGAUAUGGCAAGAUCUAGCUUGGGCAAAAAAACUUUACUGGAUUUGAUAAACGAGCUAGAUAAAAAACUUGAGUUUUUUUUAAAGCAAGAAAAACGACAGACUAUUAAAAUUGUCAAAUAUAAAUCUAAGCCAGGUUCUGCCAGUUCAAAAGCUUCUUCAAUACAAGAGCCAGAAAAAGAAGUAAGUGAAUCAUAUUCAGCUGCUCCUGAAACUUUUGUAAAAAAAACGAUUAUUGUUCCUCCUGAAAUCAAACAGGCACGAAGUACUCAAGUUGCUCAGUUAAUUCAUCGUCUGGGUCCUGAUGUUAUUAGUAUGAUGAGCACUGAUGAACGUGAAUCCAUUUAUAAUAUCAUAUUGCAACCGUCACAUGCACCAGAUCCAGAACUAUUUUCCAGUCUACUCCCUCAUGAAUUUUCCAAUACUUUUAAUUUUAUGUUACAAGUUCCACAAGCUUAUAAUUUGGAACCCUGCUCUAUUAUAAUUACCAGCUCUUGUGGAUCUGAGACUGAAAAUAAUUCCAAUAAGUUUCCUACAUUAACAGUCGAAAGAAAUUUUAACAGAAAUGCAGAAAGACACACGGACUGGACAUUGCUGACACAUGUUAACUUUUUAAUCUCCAGACUCGGGAAACUAAUUAGAGAAGAUUACUUAGAGUACUUGGAUGAUGUUAUCCAAAAUAAGGAAAAUUAUAUACCCGAGCUCAAGGAGAAUGAAGAAAAAAUUGAAAAGUUGGAUCUUAAUUCCUUGAAACUUUCCGAAGUUCAAGAUAAAGCACGCAGAAUUCUUAUGGGUUUAAAUCCUACUUCCGCCCAAAUUAACACUAUCCCUGAAAACACGAUUAAAAUCUCUGACAAUAUCGCUAUCAAUAACACCGAUGAAAUAAUUGAAGAAGGGGAAGAAUUUGAACCGAAUAUGGAAAUACCAUUAGAUGAUUUGAAAGAAGUGCCGAAUUUGGUACCUCGUGGCGUCGCACUACUUCUUCCAGGGCUUUCGAUGAAAAAUAUUGCAAUUUUAGAAUCACAGUUUGUCAACAUGGUUGUCAAAUGUGAUAGAUGCAGCUCUCAAAAUGAUUUUCUUAAUGUUACUUCUGGUCCUUAUGGACGUGAUUCUAAACCGAUCGCUGAGGAAUGCUCAAAAUGUAAGGCUACAUUAGCGGUAUGUUUUCGGAAAAAUCUUAUUCAUUUAAAUGGAAAUUUUUCUCAACCACCUGUUGCUGGUUACUUGGAGUUUUCCGGAUGCACACCUUUUGACAUGCUUGCCAGUACCUUUAUUCCUACAUGCGAAAAUUGUGCAACACCUCUUAAUGAUAGUCCUUUUAGACGAAUUGAGAAAUCAAAGAAAGCCACCAUGAACUGUCGCUCUUGUCAUAUUAGAUUGAUUUUGCAGCUUGAUGAUAUUCAGUUUGAAAAAGUUUCGGAAGAUGUACUUUCUUCAAAGGUUUUAGAAGGUGUUCGAGUUAUCAAAAGAAGUGAUGAAGGAAAGCAGAAACUUGGAAUUGUUAGUGGCUCUCCAUUACCUAAUGAUGGUUCAUGCUCUCACUAUCGAAAAUCGAAACGGUGGUAUCGUUUUUCUUGCUGUGGAAAGGUUUAUCCUUGUGGUAAAUGUCAUGAUGCUGAUCAAGAUCAUCCUAACGAACAUGCCACGAGAAUUAUUUGUGGCCAUUGUUCUCGAGAGCAAAACAUUUCUAACGUCUGUUUUUAUUGUCGGUAUGAAUUUCAAACAAAAGAAACAGGUUUCUGGGAAGGUGGAAAAGGUACCCGUGAUCCGACCAAGCUUAACCGUAAUGACACUCGCAAGCAUAAGAAGAUGUCUACACCAAGCAAUAAGCCCAAAAAUAAUUCAAAGAAGAAGCAAUCUUCAGGAGGAAAUUCCACAGUAUCGCAUUCAUAA